UCAGCAGAGUAGGCGUGCCCAUUCGCUCCGGGGCGUGGCCUGCGCGAGGCGACGCGUGGGUCGGGAAGAUGGCGUUGCGUCUGCUGUGGAGGGCGGCGCGUGGAGCGGCGGUGGCGUGGUCGACGCUGAUCACAUCCCCUGCAGCUGGCAUCCCCAGGCGUGGCUACAGUUCCUCAUCCAAUCACAAGUAUAUUCCUCGGAGGGCAGUGCUGUAUGUGCCUGGAAAUGAUGAGAAGAAAAUAGCGAAGAUUCCCUCCCUGAAUGUAGAUUGUGUGGUGCUCGACUGUGAGGACGGUGUGGCUAUGAACAAAAAGAAUGAAGCUCGACUGACAAUAGUGAAAACCCUUGAGGACUUUGACCUGGGCCCAACUGAAAAGUGUGUGCGAGUCUGCUCGGUGGCCAGCGGUCUGGCCGAGGAAGACCUGGCGACCAUCCUGCAAUCCCGGGUCCUCCCUUCCAGCCUGAUGCUCCCCAAGGUCGAAAGUCCUGAAGAAAUCCGGUGGUUUGCAGGCAAAUUUUCAUCCCAUUUAAAAGGCCGAAAACUCGAACAACCAAUGAAUUUAAUCCCUUUUGUGGAAACUGCAAUGGGUUUACUCAAUUUUAAGGCAGUGUGUGAAGAAACCCUAAAGAUCGGGCCUCAAGUGGGUCUCUUCCUAGACGCAGUUGUUUUUGGAGGAGAAGAUUUUCGAGCCAGCAUAGGUGCAACAAGUAGCAAAGAAACCCAGGACAUUCUUUACGCUCGACAAAAGAUUGUUGUCGUGGCCAAGGCCUUUGGCCUACAAGCCAUAGAUCUGGUGUACAUUGACUUCCGGGAUGGAGAUGGGCUGCGUAGACAGUCCAGAGAGGCCGCCGCCAUGGGCUUUACUGGUAAGCAAGUGAUUCACCCGAACCAAAUCGCUGUGGUCCAGGAGCUGUUCACCCCUGCCCCGGAAAAAAUCCAGUGGGCUGAAGAACUAAUUGCUGCUUUUAAAGAGCAUCAGCGGUUAGGAAAGGGAGCCUUUACUUUCCAAGGGAGUAUGAUCGACAUGCCGUUGCUGAAGCAGGCCCAGAACAUUGUUACGCUUGCCACAUCCAUCAAGGAAAAAUCAUCUGUUAAAUGAAGCGCACAUCAGCACCAGGAAGGUAAUGGAUGUUACAAAACCGGUUAUAAAAUUUCCAUCAAGACCUCUGCAUAGGAGUGCUGUGAGGCCAGGGGCCUCGGCCUGCCGGUGCCGCGGAGACAGCGAUCUGGAUCUCGCUGCCGAGCCGCCCGGCCCUGUCUCCCGCAGGGCUCCCGAGAGCACUGGGGGCUCGCAGUUACCGGACCCCGCGUUUAAACCUCAAAGCCCUGGCUUAUCCAGUCUUCCCUUCCGCGCUGUUUGAAGCGGGCCGGCCCGGAGGGGACUAAUAGAAGGGCGACCGAAACGCAAAGCCAGUUCCUUUGGUCCCCAGCUCAGCACCUGCACGCUGACGCGGGGCGCCCGGCAGCUUUUCGCGGUUCUUAGACGGAUGCUUUCCGCUGUCCCUGUUGUUGGUUCGGUUAAAUCUCAGGAAUCUCUCGGCAGCGCACCUUGCAGGAAAACCACGCGCGGAAAGAACGCGACCUCCCAGCGCCCGGGGCUGCGCCGCGACCCAGAGUGUUCAUUUGGAAAAAGCCUCCCGGGACGGGGACCGACUCCCCUUUGAGUUCUUUUCCCCCCAUUCUAAGAGAUCUGCCGGGUUUCAGUCUCGCUGCUUCCGAUGGAAAAGUCCCCGCGAGGCGGAGCCCGCACAAGCGGCCAGCCGGGAACCUGGAGACCUUGGGCCUGGGACCGCGCGGUCCCAGGGCUCCCGGAGAGGUGCGCGUGGAGCUGCGCUCGGGGCGCAGCGGGGUAGCCCGGCUGCCCGGACCCUGCGCUCCUGUCACGCAGCCCCGCUGCGACGGUGGCAGAUCAAAGGCUGCCCCGUGUCCCCGCGGAGCCAGGGACAAUCGCGUGCCUUUGUGCGCUGUUGCUAGGAGCCCGAGAAACUAAAGGAAAGUGUCAGGAGCAUGUUAAUCAGACUCGUUACAGUGUAACAAUAACGUCUCUCUCCGGGAUCCGGGUCCGGUGCUCCCCGCGCACCCCGUGCAGGCGACACCUGCGUGGGCCCCGCAUCGAAUUGGCCUCGGAGUCGCGGCCACUGUGAUUUGUGGCCGAGCUCUGCAAACCCCAGCGCGUCCUGCCCUGAUUGGACCCUGGUCCGCUACUCUGCCGGCCUGGUAGCCGCUUGUUGGACCAAGGAGGUGGCGCGAUCCCGGUCCCUGGCUUUCCAGUCAUGCAGUGGAUCACGCGCGUUUCUCAACACAGUAUCUGAAGCAAGAGAAAAAAGGAUACUCCAGUUCAAAGAGCUUGACUGGUUAAGCUUCCCAAGUACCAGUCAACUUUGCCAAUUUCCCUCUCACAUCCUUAGAGGGCAGGUGAUAAUUCUCAACUUAGUAAAGAAAGAACUUCGAUGAGAGUGAAGAUUCCUCUGGAUUUUUCCCAAGGAAUCACUUCAUUUAUUUAGUCACUCAACAAACACCUGUUGGGCCAAAUGGGUCACAGAACACCAUAGGACUUGCCCAAUAAGCUUUUCUCUUAAAAUGCCUUUGUGGAAGUCUAGGGAGGUGCAAAGCUGAAAAGUAACAUCAAAUGUUAAAGAGAAGUCCCAGGGCCCUCUAGUACAGCCUAGAGAGAUGCAAAUUAAAAAUUAAAACCCUCUUGGAAAACCUUGAGCAUAACUUUGGAGUUUUUCCACUCUUUCAUCUUCUUGUGCCUCCUCCUUGGUGGAUAGGAGCCAGACAGGGGUCUGAGGGGUGAGGUCCAGUGUGCCUACACCCACUCUGGCUUGCAGCAGACUCCUCCAGCCUGGCUCUGACCCCACCUCCCCCAGAGGCCAUAUACAGACAACUGGUGCCAGGCUUGGUGGUGCAGGCCUGUAGUUCCAGCACUCAGGAGGCUGAGGCAGGAGGAUCACCAUGAGUUUGAGACCACUCUGGGCUAUAUAACCAGACCUGUUUUAAAACGUACACACACACACACACACACACACAGAAUGGGGAAGCUGCUUAGGCUGCGGGCAGCAGCUGGCCCAGGCGAGAUGACUUUCUCCCACAUGACCACUUGUUCAGGAGCCACCCUGCUCCGCUGGAGUAGACUCAGUCAGGACAAAGCCUGCGGGUGAGCCCUCUGCUCACAGCCCACGGACGCCUGGCGAUCUGGAAGGAGUCGCGUCACUACAGGAUCGCUCCGUGACUCUCGAGCGAUUCUCAAGCUCUCCUGUGGCCCAUGCCUAUAAGACACCUGGGAAGCUGAGGCAGGAGGAUUAAAAAUUGGAGCCCAGCCUGGGUCAAUUAGCAACUUAGGGAGACCCUAAUAUUAGAGAGAACUGGGGAUGUAGCUCAGUAUGAAGGCCCUACGUUCAACCCCAGUCACGCCAAAAAAAAAAAAAAAAAAGAAUAAAAAGGGAAAUCUGAGGCUGGAGAUGCAGCUGAGUGGCACAGCCCCUGCCACUUGCAAGUGCAAGGCCCCAAGUUAGAUCCUUGGUACCAAAAAAGAAAAAAAGAAAAACAGGACAUGCUCCUGAGGUGAGGGCUUGGGUCCGGAAGGAGCUUUCAGGCUUUCUUUCUUUCUUCACAGUUAACAGACUGAAAACUCCAUCUUAUGCAGUGUUGUGACAGUUAAAAUAUCUGCUGAGGGAAAAACACAAAGAAAAGAACCGGAUUGUUUGGUCUACGAAUACCAAACCAUUGGUUUGGCACAUUGUGUUUUGUUUGAAACAAUGAAUCAAAUGACUUUAGUUAUACAGGGACAUUCCCUUCCCACCCUCUGUGGAGCCUCUGGCUUCCUAUCUAAAAAGGAGGCUGUGGGGUCUCCUCUGGGGCCCAGGAAGGGAAGGACAGAAAACCACUGUGAUGUCUGGGCCUCUGUUUUCAGGGAUGCUAAGGAUAGAGGAGCACCCAUCCCCACUGUGCUGCCAGGGGUGCUGCAGGCAACUUCGGCCAGCAAGGACAGAGAGAGCGUGAGCGCAAGGACAGCGUGACUCAGCUCAAGGGCGGCAGCACCUGCUGCUCUGACCUCACCAUGGCUCUCCCAAGUCCCCAUGUGCCACCAAGGCCUUGCCCCCAGGCUACACGAGGGCUGAGCAAAACAUGGAGUGUGUCUUACCUUAAAAAUAAAAAAAUUGGAGGGGCUAGGGAUUUAGCUCAGCCGCAUAAAGCGCCUGCCUUGCAAGCAGGCAGUCGUGAGUUUGAUCCCUGGUACCGAUAAAAAGACCAAAAAAAAUUUUUUUUAAUAAAAAAUAAAAAAAGACACAUUGCCACAAA